AUGGCCGACCCGCUAGUCGUAUUGCCUCGCCCUGGAGCGCCAUCUUCAGAAACACCACACAUCAUUCCCGCACCUUCUGAAAGCGUCUUCGUCGCAGCCUUUGGGCAGAUAUUGCCUCAAGCGUCGUUUUUGAAGACGAGGAACGGCAACAUCGCGUUCUACGAGCUUUCACCCUCAUCUAUCGUUCCCGACCAGACCCCAAGUCCCAUUUCUCGCGUAUUCUUCGUCCACGGCAUCCAGACGUGUGCAAUCGGCUUGCAAGCGUUAGCAAGCACGCUCUCCACGCGCUUUCCUGGUGCCAAAUGCGUGCUCGUUGAUCUAUGGGGUCACGGGCUCACAGACACGCCUUUCGUCGCACAUGAUGCGGCACUCGCUCACGACUUGCUGGAGUCUGUAAUGGCACACAUCGGCUGGGAAAACGCCCACUUUGUUGGCUUCUCUCUUGGCGGGUCACUGACUGCGAGUUUUGCCGCAGCAAGGCCAGAGCGUGUAGCGUCCCUGACUCUAAUUGCGCCCGCCGGCUUCGUGCGACAGAGCCAAUUUAACGAAACUCAGAAGAGGUACUUGCGUGGCGGCGAAGGCAUAGAAGAGCAGGCAAAAGCAUGGAUUCUGGAAUUCCUGGAGGGAGGAGACUUGGUUGUGCCGUCCGACUGGAAGGAGAGGGUUGAGAGAGGCGAGGUAGUAGCCGAGGCCGUUCGGCAGUGGCAAAUGAAGCACCAUAAAGGUCACGUUGCAAGCGUGGUCGCCAUGUUCAGAGACGCUGGAGUGUUGGACAGGGAUGAAGAAUUCGCCAAAGUGGCGAAAACGGGCAUCAAGAGCCUCUGCAUCCUUGGGCAGCUGGACGACAUAGUCAGUGAACAGGAUCUGCACAGCAUCGGAAUGCAGAACACUGUGCUCGUUCCACAGGCUGGGCAUGCCGUAGUUAGAGAAAAAGUGCCAGAAGUUGCCGGACUAAUUGAAGCUUUCUGGAAGAAUUUGGGGUAA